AACAUGUGCUAAAAAGUCAACGGUGUCAAACAUUUCGAAACGGAGGGAGUAGUUUGUUCCGCCGGCCGUGCAUCCAUGCCUUAACACCUUUUAUCAUGUCUGAUAUCAGACGUACGUAUGGGUGUGGGUUAAGUAGCAUAUCUGUCAAUUAGUAAUCAACUCACAAUUUCGUGGCUAAGAAUUUACCGAGCAUCACACUUUGACGCGCUAACUAGUUUAAUCCAGAAGAAAUCCAAAAGAGUGGCUGCUGGGAACGACCUUUGGUCCAGCAGCGAACUCCAUACGGCAUGAACAAAACACUCAGGAUUAUAAAUGAAAGCCAUGACCCAAUCUUGAUGGCAUUCACCAUUUCACCACACAAAGGUUGCACAAUCUGCAGUUGUUGAUUCUCGCUUCCUCCUAAGCUACUUCGUUCGUCGAUCUUCCUCGUGGUUGCAUUCCGGAAAUGGAGCGCGCAUCGGUGAUCGGGGGCACCAUGGUCUCGCUCAUGGUGAAGCUCAGCUCCAUCGCCGGGCCGAGGUAUUCGCUAAUGGCGGGCGCGAGGAGUGAUGUCAUCUUCCUCGGGGCCGAGCUCGAGAGCAUGCACGCCUUCCUCGAGAAGCUCUCCGGGGUGGACGGUCCGGACCCUCAGGUGAGGUGCUGGAUGAAGGAGGUGAGGGAGCUGGCCUACGACGUCGAGGAUUGCAUCGACGAGUUCAUGCACCGUGUCGAUGUCGUCCAUGGUGCCGUGACCUCUAACCAUGGCUUCAGCAGCCUUAGGGGUUUGGUGAGCCAUGCCACCCGGCUCGUGGCCGUGGCUUGGAUGCACCACCGCCUCGCCAGUGAGCUCAAGGGCCUAAAGGCCCGUGCCAUCGAGGUGAGCGAACGGCGAUCGAGGUACAAAUUGGGGGAUGACAUAGGGAUGCUAGGAGGCUCGGCCAUGGCCACCGACCCACGGGUCAGUGUCCUCUACGCCGACACACCAGAUCUCGUUGGGAUUGAUCGACCAGCGAGUGAAAUGGUCAACUGGUUAACUGAUGAUGUGUGCACUCUCAAGGUGCUCUCAAUCAUCGGGUUUGGUGGUUUGGGAAAGACGACUCUCGCCAUGGAGGUGUACCGUAGAGUUGGAGGGCAGUAUAGUUGCAAAGCUUUCGCAACUGUAUCACAAAAGCUUGACACGAAGAAGCUCUUGAAGGACUUGUUAUCGCAGAUUGCACAAAAUGAGGUUGACCACAUGGGCACUUGGGAGGAAGGUCAACUCAUUCGCAAGCUUAGAGAGUGCCUACUGAACAAAAGGUACUUCAUCAUAAUUGAUGAUGUUUGGAGUAAAUCAGCAUGGGAGAAAGUGAGAUGUGCUCUACCUGAGAACAAUCAUUGCAGCAGGCUGCUAACAACUACAAGAAUUGACUCAGUAGCAAAGUCAUGUUGUUCUCACCCUGAUGAUCUCAUCUACAGAAUUGAACCACUCAAAGCAUCAGAUUCCAGAAACUUGUUUUUCAAGAGAAUUUUUGGCUAUGAGGAUGUAUGCCCACCACAGUUGAAGGAAGUUUCAGACCAGAUCUUGAAAAAAUGUUGUGGUUCACCAUUGGCAAUAAUCAGCAUAGCUAGCCUGUUAGCUAGCAAGCCUGUCAUGUUGAAGGAGCAGUGGGAAAAGGUGCUUAUAUCUAUAGGUUCUGCAUUAGAGAAGAACUCUGAUCUUGAAGGAAUGAAACAAAUACUUUCCCUCAGUUACUAUGACCUCCCUUACUACCUGAAGACAUGUUUGCUAUACCUCAGUUUGUAUCCUGAGGACUUCAAGAUUGAGAGGGAUAGCCUGAUCCAGCAAUGGAUUGCGGAAGGAUUCAUCGGCGAAGAAAGAGGCCAGUCUGUGGAGGAUGUAGCAGAGAGUUACUUCAAUGAGCUCAUCAACAGAAGUAUGGUCCAACCAAUGGAUAUAAAUUGUGAUGGUAAAGCUCAUGCUUGUCGGGUGCAUGACAUGAUGCUUGAGCUUAUAAUAUCGAAGGCAAUUGAAGAGAAUUUUGUCACUUUGUUAGGUGGUCAUCCUGUUGCAGCUAAACCGCAAGGAAUCACUCGCCGAUUAUCUAUCCAAUGUGAUAAAGAGAUUACCAAAACAAAAGGAGGAAUGAAUCUGCUUCAUGCUAGAUCCCUAAGUUUAUAUGUACAAGCUUGCCAGUUACCUCCAUUGUCCGAUUUUCGGGUCUUGAGAGUAUUAAAUCUUGAGGGAUGCCUAGGCUUGUGUGACAAUCAUCUGAAAGAUAUCAGCAUUUUGUUUCACUUGAAGUAUUUGAGCCUUUGUAGAACAUGGAUUUCAAAACUCCCACCAGAAAUAGGAGACCUGCAUAGUUUGGAAACAUUAGACAUAAGGGACACAAAUAUAGAAGAACUACCUGGAACCAUUAUUAGGAUUGUGCAACUGAAGUAUAUACUUAGUGGUGGCCAUACAUGGGGAAAAAUAAAGCUACCUGAUGGUAUAGGGAGCAUGGCAUCCCUAAGAGUCAUAUCUGGAUUCAAUAUUUGUUGUAGCUCGACCAAUGCAGUGCAAGAACUUGGUACUCUGAAAGGUUUAAGGGAGCUUACAAUCAACUGGACUGAUUUCAGCUCCGGCGAUAUGAAGCGCCAAGAGGCUAUGAUGAAUACUCUUGGCAAACUUGGCACAAGUAACCUCCAAUCUUUCGCGAUUUGCAGUCGCAACUUCGGUUCCCUGGAGUUCUUAGAUUCCUGGUCGCCACCACCAAAUCAUCUUCAGAGAUUUCGGCUGUCUGCAUACUACUUUCUCCCAAGAGUUCCAAGGUGGAUGGCAUCACUCUGCAAUCUCAUUCAUUUAAACAUUAACAUUGAAAAACUAUCAAAUGAAGACAUUCAGAUCCUUCAGGAUUUGCCGUCUCUACUUCAUCUCGACUUAUGGUUGAAAUCACCUCAGAAGGAGGACAAGAUAGUUAUUCAUGGAGUAGGCUUCCCAUACUUACAAGAGUUAAUCUUCAGUUGUGAAGGAACCUCUUUGAUAUUUGAACCAGCAGCUUUGCCAAAACUUGAGAGGCUACAGAUGGCAGUUCAUGUAAAGGAGGCAAAAUCAUAUGGUUACCAAUUUGGUAUUGAGCACCUUAGAUCACUCAAGAAAAUUUACAUCCAAUUAUUGUGUGCCGGUGCAAGUGCUCUAGACAUCAAGGAUGCUGAAGAUGCAAUCCACACAAUUGUGAAGUUUCAUCCUGGUCAUCCUAGGAUAGAUAUCCAAAAGUGUGGUAUGGACAUGCACUUAGAGGAGAGAAAUAAGAGGCAGCAUCCCGAAGAAACGAAUGUGCAAAACAUGAAUGCUAGCAAAGAAGAUAUGAACCAUGCCAACAAGAAAAGAAAAGAAUAUCAAAGCUCUAGUGCACAAUAA